AUGGUUUUUGCUUCAAAGAAUGAAUUCUUGUACAAGCUGAGAUAUGUCAGCUUGAAAGCCGAUGUGGCCAUUAUUCUCCCUCGCAACAAACGAAUUAUAUCCAGUGCAUCUCAUUCAUUGCAUAGUAAAGAACUUUUAUUACAGAAUUCCGCUUAUAAACGGUCACCGCUCGGUCUGAAACGUCAUAUUUCGCCGUCAUUUGACGUGGAAGAGAACGUCGGAAACUUACGUACCUUGAUGAACGUGGGUAAACGUCAAGUAAGCGUUGCUAACGACGUCGGCCGACAGAUGCAGAUGUACAAUCGACUCUUUGACGCUGGAAAGAAACGAGCUGCACUCUCACCGUCUCAGGAACUUCAAAAUGCUCUCGAACUGAGCAGCUACUUGGAGAGAGCCGGACGGAAGUAA